CUCGCCUUACGCAACCUUCCCUCAUCUCGUGCGGCAGCUCAUCGUUGCAUCAGAUAAAACUGCAAAAACAACGUUGUUUUCAACGUUCUUAAAAAAAAUCCAGCUAUGUGGUACACGGUGAAUGCAGCUAGAAAUUCCAUGAAGCAUAUGGGUCGAGGGCUUCAACAUAUCUCGGCUCUGAGAUCGUUUGGAACGGUGACACGCCAGAACCUGUUCACAGAGAGUUUGAUCGCCAAGGACUCAUCCGUUUACAGUCGUUUUUACGGCUCUGAGAGCGUCCGUGGUGCAGUAUGUGGUAUUGAUCUUGGCACGACCAACUCAUGUGUUGCCGUCAUGGAUGGUAAAACACCCAAGGUGAUAGAGAAUGCCGAGGGGUCACGAACCACGCCUUCAGUGGUUGCCUUUACCCCAGAAGGGGAAAGAUUGGUUGGUGCUCCUGCCAGGAGACAGGCCAUUACUAACCCACAGAACACCCUAUACGCCACCAAGAGAUACAUUGGACGUCGCUUUGAUGCCCCUGAGAUCAAAAAGGACUUGAAAAAUGUUUCUUACAAGAUUGUGAGGGCAUCCAAUGGCGAUGCUUGGUUUGAAGUUGCUGGAAAGGUGUAUUCACCAAGCCAGGUCGGUGCAUUUGUCUUGAUGAAAAUGAAGGAGACAGCAGAAAGUUACCUGGGAACUAACGUUAACAAUGCUGUUGUCACAGUCCCUGCCUACUUCAAUGACUCUCAAAGACAGGCUACGAAAGAUGCCGGCCAAAUUGCUGGUCUGAAUGUUCUACGAGUGAUUAAUGAGCCCACUGCUGCUGCCUUAGCAUAUGGUAUGGACAAGACAGAGGACAAGAUUAUUGCCGUCUAUGACCUUGGUGGUGGAACUUUCGAUAUCUCCAUCCUAGAGAUUCAGAAGGGUGUGUUUGAGGUGAAGGCCACCAAUGGUGACACCUACUUGGGUGGUGAAGAUUUUGAUAAUACCCUUCUCAAGUUCCUCAUUGCAGAGUUCAAGAAAGAGAGUGGUGUCGACCUCUCAAAGGACAGCAUGGCACUACAGCGGCUGAGAGAGGCAGCCGAAAAAGCAAAGAUUGAGUUGUCUUCUUCUGUACAGACCGAUAUCAACCUGCCCUAUAUCACAGUGGACGCUAGUGGUCCCAAGCACUUGAACAUGAAGCUGAGCCGAUCAAAGUUUGAGUCUCUUGUAGCAGAUCUCAUCAACAGAACAGUUGGUCCUUGCAAGAAGUGUCUGCAGGACGCGGAGAUCAACAAGGGAGAGAUUGGUGAUGUUUUGCUUGUUGGAGGAAUGACAAGGAUGCCAAAGGUACAGCAAACUGUUCAGGACAUCUUUGGGCGUGUCCCCAGCAAGGCCGUCAACCCAGACGAAGCUGUUGCUAUCGGUGCUGCCAUCCAGGGUGGUGUUCUGGCUGGUGAUGUCAAGGAUGUGCUGCUACUGGAUGUGACGCCCCUGUCUCUUGGUAUUGAAACCCUCGGUGGAGUGUUCACCAAACUGAUCACCCGGAACACUACCAUCCCAACCAAGAAGAGCCAGGUGUUCUCAACUGCUGCAGAUGGACAAACUCAAGUAGAAAUCAAAGUGUUCCAGGGCGAGAGAGAAAUGGCCAUCGACAACAAGCUUUUGGGACAGUUCCAGCUGGUUGGUAUCCCGCCAGCUCCCAGAGGAGUGCCCCAGGUGGAGGUCACCUUUGACAUUGAUGCCAAUGGUAUUGUCAAUGUGUCUGCUAGAGAUAAGGGAACUGGACGUGAACAACAGAUCGUGAUCCAGUCAUCUGGUGGUCUCAGCAAGGAUGCCAUCGAGAACAUGAUCAAAGAGGCUGAGAAAUAUGCUGAAGCCGACAAACAAAAGAAGGAGACGACAGAGGCAGUCAACCAGGCUGAGGGGAUGAUACACGAUACAGAGACCAAGAUGGAGGAAUUCAAAGACCAACUCCCUUCAGAGGAGGUCGCGAAACUGAAGGAAGAGAUCGCCAAAGUGCGUGAAGUUCUUGCCAAUAAGGACAACGAAACGGGUGAAACUAUCAGACAGGCCUACAGCGAGUUGCAGCAGAAGUCACUCAAGCUUUUUGAGAUGGCAUACAAGAAGAUGGCAUCAGAGCGAGAAAGCCAAGGCGCCAGCAGCUCCUCCGACUCCACAGAUUCAACGAGUUCGGGGGACAAGAAGAAGGACGAGAGUUGAAAAACAAUGCGCUGGUUAACCGACCGAGUAUAUGGACAGGGGUGGACGGGGCUACCUCGCGUGCACCAGUUAAACAUGCCGUACUUUUGUGGAGUAAACAGGACUAAUUACUUAGGAUAAAACUGGUGGACGCGCGACCGCGUUGUUAACUCUCUGCAUUAUUGUGAGGUUAUUUUACGCACGAGUAGAACGUGUUACCUGAACUUUGGGAAAGACUUGGAGAAGAUAUCAAACAAUUGAGACGUCGAAAAACUCUUUAAUACACGUUGCUUUGUGAAUAACCGGGUAAAUAUUGUUAAUCAUUUACACGUCUUGAAAAAAUCUCUUGCUGUGUAGAAAUAUAGAGUAGCUAAGUAAAAUAAAGAAAAUAAUGAAAUCUAUAAAGAUUUUCUACAGCCCAUUUUAACUAGCCCUUAUUUCCUUUUGGGGGAUUGGUAUCAUUUUUUUUUUCUUGACUUUUUCUUUUAUCUCAAACAAACAAACAAUUAGAGGGUUUUUCCGGCAAAUACAUCCUUUGACGCAAAUCACAACAAUAAAGGUGCUAUACGGUAUGGAAUGGUAGCGUUUUAUUAUAUUAUGUUGUACCUUUAGCGAGUGUAAAUGUAAUAUUUCGUCUAAUGUAACCGAUUUGAACCCGGUAAAUAAAAACUGAAUUUUUAAUUUAAAAAA